AUGGCGGACAUUGAUAUAAUGGAUUACGUUCCCACUAUCAAGAAUAUACUUAUGAAUUCCGUUCAUUCAGAGAUUACCGCUAGGGAUGUGCGUCUAAAAUUGGAACAGGAAUUUAAGGUAGAUCUCACUUCCAGGAAACAUGAGGUUCAACAGCUUGUUGAACAAUGCUUCGACGCUUUGGAGAUGAGUGACGAAGAAGAAACCGGUGAUAGUGAACAAGAGCAGGUUAAGGUGAAGGUUCAAAAGUCAAAGAAACAUGUUCACGCUGAAGAGAGGCGGCACAAAUCUUCAGCCAAGUCACAUGAGAAGGGCAAAUCAAAAAGUAAAAAGAUGACAAAAUCACGGGCUAAGUCUAGUGUGUCCGAUUAUUCGUCCCUGGAGGACGAUAAACCACAGAAAAGGAAGCGAGGUAGAAAACGCAAGAAUUCUUUAGUUGAUUCAGACGCAGAAUAUGAAAGAAGGUUUGAGGAAGAACUCAAUGGAAAAAAAACAAAGUCGAAAAGUAAUGGGUCUUCCAAGAAGAAACCGUCUCACAAGAGGAGAAAGAAAGACGACGAUGAUGAGGGUAACGAAGAAAAGAAAAAGAGGAGAGGGAUUACCGGAAUUCACAAACCGUUGGUCUUGAGUCCGGUGUUGUCGCGGUUUUUAAAUGCCGAAGAGCUGUCUCGAUUAGAAGUGGUAAAACGUCUUUGGGUAUACAUUAAGGAAAACGAUCUGCAGGAUCCAAAUGACAAACGAUACAUUGUUUGUGAUGAGAAAUUGAUGACAAUAUUUAAGCACGAACGAAUUCACAGUUUCACCAUGAACAAGUAUUUAACCGAUCAUCUGAAGAAGAAGGAGGACCUUGUCACCAAAGCGGAGCAAGGAAAUUCGAGUAGUAUUAAUGGUGAUGACCAUGAUUAUGCUUUCAACGAUGAUCACAGUGAGGGGGUCGGAGUCAAAUAUGAGGCCCCGGACGAAACCCGGGAUAACUUUGACGAUGAUCAUAGCGAAGAAAUCGAAGUUAAAACGGAAGCUCCGGACGAAGUUCAAUAUAAGUUUGAUGAUGAUCAUAGUGAAGGAGUUGAUGCGAACACAGGGGAAUUUGAAGAUGAUGACGACGAAGAAUGGGUGCAAUGA